AUUAAAACACAACACUCGAUUUGUUGGCAGUUGAAAAUUGAAGGAAUAACGUGAACUUGUAUUUUUCCUCCUGAAGUGAAUUUCGUGAACAUGGAAUCAAAUGAUAAUCACGCGGAUCCAGUGAAUGAAAAACAAAAAGAUGAAAUUGAUGAGCAGACUCCAUUGAAAUUAGAGGAAAGUAAAGAAAAAACGGAACAUGAAGCUGAGAAACCUAAAGUAUCAAUUAUGGACAGACUGAGAAUAAUAAAAGCAAAUAUUACAGUUGAACCUAUUAUGGCAUGUUAUGUAAUGCCAAGCGUGCUUGCAUCCCUCGCAACUCAAAACUUGAACUUAGAAAAGGCUUGCCGUGUCAAUCUGAACUUUAGUGCAGAAGUUUGCGACGCCCUGACUAUGCGAGAGACGGAAAACUAUACUCAAGAAGAGAUAGCAGUUCAAACGUUAACAGCCAGCAUUCAAGCUUGGAAAAAUGUUAUACAAACAGCUAUACCAGUAAUGUUGAUAUUGUUUGUCGGCGCGUGGAGUGACAAGACUGGGAAACGGAAAUCUUGUAUCAUGUUACCAAUUGUAGGGGAGUUUCUGACGUGUAUUGGUUUUAUCGUUAAUACAUAUUUUUUCUACGAGUUGCCAGUCGAAGUUGCCGCAUUCACAGAAGCUAUAUUUCCAGCUAUAACUGGGGGAUGGUUUACUAAUUUUAUUGGUGUAUUCAGCUACAUAACUGAUAUAACGACAGUUGAAGAAAGAACAUAUAGAGUAGGCAUAGUGAAUUUAUGUAUGACGUUGGGAUACCCUAUAGGUAGUGCUCUGAGUGGAAUUCUUUUAACGUGGAUAGGUUAUUACGGUGUGUUUUCAUUAUCGGCAGUACUUUAUUUCUUCAGCUUAAUAUAUGGAUAUUAUUGUUUAGAGGAACCAAAAACUGCAAAAUUAGAAAAUUACAAAAAAGAAGGAAAGAAAAACCGUAGUUUUAUAAAGGAAUUCUUUGAUAUUUCUCUGGUAUUAGAUACGUUUAAAGUUGCCUUCAAAAAAGGACCUGGAAAUAGAAGAUUGAGAGUUGCUUUACUUUUAAUAGCAGUAUGCGUUAUAUUUGGACCUAUGCAUGGCGAAUUCAGCGUUCAGUACUUGUUUGCGAGGUACCGAUUCAACUGGGACGAGGUACAAUACAGUAUAUGGUCCACAUAUGCUAUAGUAACAAAUUUAUUAGGUACAUUAUUCUCAAUAGCACUAUUCAGCAAAUAUUUGGACUUAGACGACACUCUGCUUGGAAUUAUAUCAUGUACAAGUAAAAUUGUAGCGGCAUUUGGGUAUGCGUUCGCGAAAACUGAUUUGGAAAUAUAUUUGGUUCCGCUUCUCGAGUUCCUGAACGGCACAUCAUUCAUUGCGAUGCGCUCUAUAGCCACGAAGCUUGUCGACGGCGAUGAUGUCGGUAAAGUAAAUUCCUUGUUUGGACUAGCAGAAGCAACAAUGCCCUUAGUCUACGGACCAUUGUACUCCAGAGUUUAUAUGGAAACACUUAAGAUUCUGCCAGGGGCAGUGUUCCUGAUGGGCGCGUUACUUACUUUACCCGCUAUUGCCAUAUUUGGGUGGCUAUAUUUUGAACAUAAAAAAGACAUUUUAAGAAAUGCAGCUACAAAGUCAACAGAUGCCGAGAAGUGUUAGCACGGAACAGUAAAAAAUUGCUAGUAAAAAAAUUCAUAUUUUUGUAAAAAAAAACCGAAUAAGUGCCAAGUGAGCUGUAAAACAGAGUGGCGACACUCAAUUCGUAGACUGAGAACAAUCUGUAAUAACUUAAAUUGCACUCUUUUCUUUUGUCCUCUACAUUUUAUGAUCUACUGUGAACUUACUAUAUCUGAGAAGCAUGAAAUAUUUUUUGUUACAAUAUAUUGCCUUAUUGACUUUCAAUUUGCUUUUUGAUACUAUUAUCAUAAAUUAUUGAUUUGGAAAUUCAAUGUUCUGUAAGAAUACAUUGUAAUUAUCAAAUAAACGUAGCUGAAAAUAUUACCUUAAGUAGAGUAUUCUAGGGUACGUAAGAGUUAUACAGGUAGUAUAAAAUCAGUAUCUCAGUGGAAAGUUUCUUUCUCUAAAACCAGCGUUAUAAAAUAAAGUACUUGAUCAUUAUUGUUGUUAUCAUAAUAA